UGAAUCUACUACUCAACUUUAGCUGCAAGUAGAAGCAGAAGAUAUGGAAUGUGAAUACUUUGUUUAUCAUGGGAUUGGUUAGAUGGAAAGUAGUUGUUGAUUAUUCAAAGUUAUCUCUGCACAAGCAACAUGGAAUAUAAAAUCUCUAAUAAAUAAUUAAAAAAUAGACACACUUUUGUUUUAUUUAAUGUGAAUGGAGAGAUAGUGAUUCUACAGGUCAAUGUGGUCUAUGAUUUGUCUUUUUUAAACUGCGGUCUAGAGGGCUUAUUAUAAUAAUUUAAAAUAUAUAAAAUAAGUUAGCCUCCAUGGACCAUGGAUGCAUCCAAGAGGUUUCGUAUCUGAUUCUCAAGUUAUGGCUAUGCAGCUAUAACCAGAGCAAGCCCUUUGUCAAUAGGACAAACUCUAAGCUCUCCUGACGGAUCUUACGAGUUCGGUUUCUUCAGUCCUAACAAUUCUCGGAAUCAGUAUGUUGGUGUCUGGUUCAAGAACAUCACUCCUCAGGUCGUUGUCUGGGUGGGUAACAGAGACAAGCCAGUCACAAAAACACCGGCGAAUCUCACUCUCAGCACCAAUGGGAGCCUUGUCCUGCUCGAGGGAGAAGAACAAGAUCUUGUCUGGUCCAUAGGAGAAACUUUCUCAUCUAACGAACUCCGCGGCGAGCUUUUAGACAAUGGCAAUUUCGUCCUGGUUGAUGCAGUUUCCGGAAGAAUCUUAUGGCAAAGCUUUGAGCAUCUCGGUGAUACUAUGCUACCUCAAUCAUCUGUGAUGUAUAAUGUUCCUAAUAACAACAAACGUGUGUUGUCUUCCUGGAAAAGCCCCACAGAUCCUUCAUCUGGAGAGUUCAUAGCUGAGCUUACCACACAGCUACCUCCACAAGGCUUUAUAAUGAGAGGAACAAUACCCUACUGGAGAGGCGGUCCAUGGGCGAGGGAAAGGUUCACCGGCACACCGGAGAUGGAUGACUCACAUGUAAGCCAGUUCAGCGUUUCUCAAGACGCGUCAGCCGGGACAGGCUUUUUGACUUAUUCAUUACAAAGAAACUCUAACUUGUCGUACACUACGCUGACACCAGAGGGAUCGUUGAAGAUUCGUUGGCACGAUGGCUCUGGUUGGGUUACUGACUUUGAGGCACCAGUAAGCUCGUGUGAUGUUUACAAUACAUGUGGGCCUUAUGGGCUUUGUGUGAGAUCUAAUCCUCCAAAGUGUGAAUGCUUGAAAGGGUUUAUACCAAGAUCAGAUGAGGAGUGGAAUAGAAGGAACUGGACUGGUGGUUGUGUGAGAAGAACAGACUUGUCUUGUCGUGUGAACUCUUCUGUAACAACAACAACACAAGGCAAUGGUGCAGACGUCUUUGACGUUGUUGCAAAUGUAAAGCCUCCGGAUUUUUAUGAGUAUCUGAGCUUGAUCAAUGCUGAGGAGUGUAGCCAGCGUUGUCGUGGAAACUGUUCUUGCAUGGCGUUUUCCUUCGUUGAUCAGAUUGGAUGCUUGGUGUGGUACCGUGAGCUUGUCGAUGUGAUGCAGUUUUCUGCUGGAGGAGAAGUUCUUUCAAUCCGUCUUGCAAGUUCUGAGUUGGGUGGAAGCAAUCGAACCAAGAUUAUUGUGGCUAGCGCUGUCAGCGUUUGUGUUUUCAUGAUCAUGGUUUUAGCCUCUUACUGGUUCUGGCGGAGGAGACACAAAGCAAAACAAAAUGACUCAACUCCUACAACAAUGGAGACUUCAGAAGAUGCAUGGGAGGAAGAACUGAAACAACAAGAUGUAUACUUCUUUGAGAUGCAAACAAUACUAGCUAUCACUGAUAACUUCAGCAUCGAAAAGAAGCUUGGUCAAGGUGGGUUUGGUCCAGUUUAUAAGGGAAAGCUGCAAGAUGGGAAGGAAAUAGCUAUAAAACGGCUUUCUAGCAGUUCCGGACAGGGAAAACAGGAGUUCAUGAAUGAGAUAGUACUCAUCUCUAAGCUCCAACAUAGAAACUUGGUUCGGCUUAUGGGAUGCUGCAUCGAAGGAGAGGAAAAGCUUUUGAUUUAUGAGUUCUUGGUGAACAAAAGCCUCAACACCUUUAUCUUUGAUUCGACGAAAAAGCUUGAGCUUGAUUGGCCCAAGCGGUUUGAAAUCAUUCAAGGUAUCGCUUGUGGACUUCUCUAUCUUCACCGUGACUCAUGUCUCAGGGUUGUGCACCGUGAUUUGAAGGUCAGCAACAUCCUUUUGGAUGAGGAAAUGAACCCAAAAAUAUCAGAUUUUGGAUUAGCUCGGAUGUUUCAAGGAACACAACACCAAGCCAACACUCGCAGGGUUGUUGGAACUCUAGGAUACAUGUCUCCAGAGUAUGCAUGGACAGGAAUGUUCUCUGAGAAAUCAGACAUCUAUGCAUUUGGAGUUCUUCUACUUGAAAUCAUAACGGGAAAGAGGAUCUCCAGUUUCACCAUUGGAGAGGAAGGCAAGAGUCUUCUUGAAUAUACAUGGGAUUGUUGGAGAGAAAGUGGUGGAGCGGAUCUACUGGAUCAAGAUAUAUCCAGUUCAGGUUCUGAUACGGAAGUAGCGAGAUGUGUUCAGAUUGGUUUGCUGUGUAUUCAACAGCAAGCGUUGGAUAGACCCAACAUUGCACAAGUCAUGUCAAUGCUUACUACAGAAAUGGAUCUUCCUGAACCAAAACAACCGGUUUUUGCAUUGCAGAUUCAAGAGAGUGAUUCAGAUUCCAAGACUAUGUAUUCUGUGAAUGAGAUAACACAAACAGAUAUAUUUGGUCGAUAA